GGCGCUGACACUCAUACAAGGUUAAUGUCGCCCACACCCGCUCGUUGAAGUUAGCCUCUUAUCCGAUUCGUCCGGUCCACCUUAAAUGGCUCCACGGUUACAUUCCGGCUCCCGUGCUGAACGUAUGGAGCUACCGCACCAUUUAAGGUGGAAUUCGAAAUUGGAGCAAGAAGCUGGAGGACGGGAAACCAACUUUGGGCUCGUUUCCCCUUUAAACACCUCCGAGCUCCUCCGGCUUUGGGCAGGGUUUAUUGUCCUCCCCGCUCCCCACCAGCUCCUCCUCCGCCUGUACCGGUUAGUCAGGAGGCGUCUGCUAGUGGUCGUGCCAGGUUCAUCGGGGUUUGGCGCUUAAAGGCCUCGAGGAGACCAGGGAGUUUCCUACCGCGUCCGCCAUUUAUUCGGGCAGUGGGGGGCUACAGGUAGACUGGGAGUUGGCGAACAGACUCCGAGAAGCAGAGCGAGGCGACAGCUGAGGACUUUUUCAGCUUCUGUUGAGCUGAGGCGGCUUCAGCGUGCGAGGACCACCGAGAGCUGAGCUGAGCUGAGGCGAGGCGCCGAGACUGCGGUGUCGGUGAGGAGGAACCAGCGCAGGUGCAGCUCCGCUAAAGGUGGUGCGCUAGCACACGAUUGAUGGUUGAUGGCUGGGAGCCCCCAGGCUCGCGUCCAAGAUUGACACUCGACAGUGCACAGUCUCCGCCAAUCUCCUCAGUGAGCUUCGUCUCCUGCCAGAUAAGACCGCCCACAAGCUUCCACUACGUCUGCCCAUUCCUAAGCCCAGCAACCUCCAAAACGCCCUCAGCCAAUCGCUGGGGCAAGAAAGCAUCGCCAUGGACACUGAGUCCACCUACUCCGGCUAUUCAUAUCACUCUGGCCGGUCGAGGGGGUCCCACAGGCAUGGAGAGCGCAGUCGGGACCGACACAAGUCCCGCAGCAAGGACAGCAGCCGCUCAGAGAAAUCUGUCACCAUCAACGCUCCACCUGCAGAGCCCUUGCUAGGAGACCAGUCGAUUCGUGGAGACGAGAUGCAGGAUGACAACUGGGGAGAGACCACCACAGCCGUCACUGGCACCUCUGAGCACUCACUCUCUCAGGAGGACAUUGUCCGCAUCAGCAAGGACCUGGAUGACAGUGUGGGUCUGGACUGCAAGCGCUACCUAUCCGUCUCCCUGUCCAUCAUCCUGGGCCUGCUUGUGCUCCUCACGCCACUGGCCUUUCUCGUGCUGCCUCACCUGCUGUGGCCGGACAGGCUGCGAGGCUGCGGCACAGCCUGCGAGGGCCUCUUCAUCUCAGUAGCCUUCAAGCUGCUCAUUUUAUUGUUAGCGGUGUGGGCGCUGUUCUUCCGGCCACCCAGAGCAGGCAUGCCUCGGGUCUUUGUGUUCCGCGCUCUGCUGGCCACACUGGUGUUCCUGUUCGUGCUUUCCUAUUGGCUGUUCUAUGGAGUGCGCAUCUUGGACACACAGGAUCAGGACUAUCAGGGCAUUGUGCAGUAUGCAGUAUCCCUGGUGGAUGCUCUCCUCUUUAUCCACUACCUGGCCAUAGUGCUGCUGGAGCUGAGACAGCUGCAGCCCAGCUUCUCCAUCUGCGUCACCCGCUCCACAGACGGAGAGACACGACACUACAACCUGGGACAGCUUAGUAUCCAGAGGGCAGCUAUAGCCAUAUUGGAGAACUACUACAGAGAUUUCCCUGUACACAACCCAGCAUUACUUACGGCCUCCAAGUCUCGUGCAGCCAAACACCUGGCCGGACUCAAGGUCUACAAUGUAGAUGGUCCUGGAGGCAAUAAUGCAGCAGCAAGUAUUGCCCAGUCGCAGUCCCGCGCCAUGAUCGCUGCUGCCGCCCGUCGACGGGACUCCAGCCACAACGAGCUUUACUAUGAGGAGGCAGAGCAUGAGAGGCGCGUCCGAAAACGCAAAGCCAGGCUGGUGGUGGCAGUAGAGGAGGCAUUCACGCACAUCCGCCGCAUCCAAGAGGAGGAGCAAAAGAAGUCACCCGGGGAUGUGAUGGAUCCACGCGAGGCGGCACAGGCCAUCUUCCCUUCCAUGGCUCGUGCUCUGCAGAAGUACUUGCGUACCACCCGUCAGCAGCACUGCCACAGCAUGGAGAGCAUUCAGCAGCAUCUGGCUUUCUGCAUAAUGCACAACAUGACGCCUAAGGCGUUUCUGGAGAGCUACCUGACGCCGGGCCCUACGCUGCAAUAUGGCCGUGAGCGCUGGCUAGCCCGCCAGUGGACCCUCAUCAGCGAGGCCUCGGUGACCAGCGGCCUGAAGGAGGGCACCGUAUUUCUGCUCAAGUGCAUAGACUUUAGCUUAGUAGCCACCACCAAGAAGAUACCCUACAUCAAACUCUCUGAAGAGUUCAUUGACCCAAAGUCCCACAAGUUUGUCCUGCGACUACAGUCAGAGACUUCGGUGUAGGCAUGUUAUGUUUUUUCCCACUUUUUUUCCUCUCUCAGUCGCUCACAAGCUAUUUUUUUUUUUCGUUAAAAUUUU